AUGGCGGCCGCCGCCACCCCCGGCCCCGCCGCCUGCAGCACCGACGCCCCGGGCGCCGGCGGAGCGCAGCCGCCGCCCCCGCCCCCGCCCGCGGCCGCCGCGCCGGCCCGGCCGCCGGAGCCCCGGAAGCCGCGCGUGGACCCGCGGCGCCGCCGCGCCGCCCUCUCCUUCCUCACCCGCAUCUCGCUGGACGGGCGGCCGCCGCUGCAGGACGAGGAGGGCGGCGGCGAGGACCGCGGCGCCCGGGGCCGGCUCAGCCCGCUCGCCGCGGCGGGCACGGCGCCGCCGGAGGCCGGACCGGGGCCCUGCCUCCCGCAGCCCGCCCCGCCGCCCCCCGCCCCCGGCGGCCCCGCCGCGCUGCCCGGCCCCGCCGCCCGCGCGCCGCCGCCCGACGGGCCGGAGGAGCCGGAGGAGGACGACGCCUUCGCGGGCGCGCAGGGGCCGGUGGCCGCCUUCCUGGGCCCCGCGACCCCGGGGGGCGGCGGCAGCCGGGGCCGCCUCGGCUCGUUCACCCCGGGGAUCCUGCCCGUCGCCUUCGCCAGGCCGACCUCGCAGCCCCUGUGCGCCCUGGAGGGCCCGGCGUGCGGCGCCAGCGCCCUGGAGCAGCUGCAGCGGUCCCGACGUCGGCUCAUCUCGCAGAGGUCCUCGCUGGAGACGCUGGAAGACAUUGAGGAGAAUGCCCCCCUGCGCAGAUGUCGGACUCUCUCCGGUUCGCCCAGACCCAAGAGCUUCAAGAAGAUACAUUUUAUCAAGAACAUGCGGCAGCACGACACGAGGAACGGCAGAAUCGUCCUCCUCAGCGGCAGGCGGUCCUUCUGCAGCGUCUUCUCCGUGCUGCCGUAUCGAGACGGUGCCCAGCCCGGGGACCUGAAGUCGGACGGAGGGCGACAGUCAGCGGGUGCCGUGAGCCUGAAGGAGGUCAUUGGCCUGGAGGGCGUGGAGCUUGGCGCUGACGGGAAGACGGUGUCCUACACCCAGUUCCUGUGGCCCACCAACGCCCUGGGCGCCCGGAGGGCCACCAUCGACUCCACCUGCUCCUUCUCCCACCUCCGCACCCUGAGCCACCGCAGCCUCUCGCUGGGCCGGGCCAGCAGCACCCAGGGGAGCCUCGACGCAGGCAGCGACCUGGGAGACUUCGUGGACUACGACCCCAACCUCCUGGACGACCCCCAGUGGCCGUGCGGGAAGCACAAGCGGGUGCUCAUCUUCCCGUCCUACAUGACCACGGUGAUUGCCUACGUGAAGCCCUCGGACCUCAAGAAGGACAUGAACGAGGCGUUCCGGGAGCGGUUCCCCCACAUCAAGCUCACGCUCAGCAAGAUCAGGAGCCUGAAGCGGGAGAUGCGGAAGCUGGCGCAGGAGGACUGCGGCCUCGAGGAGCCCACGGUGGCCGCGGCCUUCGUCUACUUCGAGAAGCUGGCCCUCAGGGGGAAGCUCAACAAGCAGAACCGCAAGCUCUGCGCGGGGGCCUGCGUGCUGCUGGCCGCCAAGAUCGGCAGCGACCUCCGGAAGCAUGAGGUCAAGCACCUGAUCGAUAAGCUGGAGGAGAAGUUCCGGCUGAACAGACGUGAGCUGAUUGCCUUCGAGUUCCCCGUGUUGGUGGCCUUGGAGUUCGCCCUGCACCUGCCGGAGCACGAGAUCAUGCCCCACUACAGACGCCUGGUCCAGAGCUCCUAG